AUGUCCGAGGCGUAUUUCCCAGUGGAAUCGGGGGCUCUGGGGCCCGAGGAGAACUUCCUGUCCCUCGACGACAUCCUGAUGUCCCACGAGAAGUUGCCGGCCCGCACUGAGACUCUCCUGCCCCGCCUGGGAGGCCUCCUUUUGGAGCGCAGCAGCGGCGGAGAAAGCGAGCUAGGCAUCCCGGAGGUAACGCCCCCGACCGACGUCUCGCAAGGACUACAAUUCCCUGCAGGUCUAGGGAGUCAAAUCGGGCCCCUCCUCCCUCCUCAACCUCUGAUAACCUUGAGGCUGCAGGGCUCAAAAUUGGAAAUCCCGUUGUGGCUGGCAAAAGGACUUUAUGACAACAAAAGACGGAUCCUUUCUGUGGAGCUCCCUAAGAUUUAUAAAGAGGGUUGGAGGACGGUGUUCAGUGCUGAUGCCAAUGUGGUCGACCUCCAUAAAAUGGGCCCCCACUACUAUGCCUUUGGCUCUCAGCUCCUGCAUUUUGACAGCCCGGAGAACCCAGAAGUGUCUCAGACGCUCUUACAGACCUUUAUUGGACGUUUUCGCCGCAUCAUGGACUCCUCUCAAAAUGCCUACAAUGAAGACACCUCCAGCCUGGUAGCCCGGCUGGAUGAGCUGGAGCGGGGCUUGUUUCGAACAGGCCAAAAAGGUUUGAAUGACUUUCAGUGCUGGGAGAAGGGUCAAGCUUCUCAGAUCACAGCUUCUAGCCUGGUUCAGAAUUACAAGAAGAGAAAAUUCACUGACUUGGAAGGCUGAAAGCCUGGAGAACACUGUGGUAGCCAGGACUCUUUUAGAUGUCUCCUAAAGAUGAGACUAACCGACCUUGUACAGGGAAUCAAUCUUUUCCCAUUUUAUCAGUUGUUUCUUGAAAUGCAUUCUGGAGUGGGAUUGUUCUGUUGGGAAAAGAUGGGUUGGAAGGGGAUGGACCAUAGCCACGCAGGCCUUCCACUGUGUGGGAAUUAUUUCUCAGUUGUUUGGCAGCACAAAUUUACUUCUCCCAAGAAUUUAUAGUAGCCUUCAUGGAUGCCUGAAUAAAAAGCCUUCCCAAGUAAGGAUCCUUAACAUUUCAAACCACUUACUGUAGCAAUCAAAUUAGAAUUCUAAAGACUAGUGCAAAGGGUUUGGAAUACUUUCAAGUCCCCAGGUCCAGGAGGUACAACUGAGGAUGGAGACAAAUCACACCCAUAUUGGAAAAAACUCACCACAGUUGCCUGAAGGUCAUUUUCUUCCAGUCCUCCUCAUUUUGUUAAAAGAAAGGCAAUACC